AUGGCCACGCCUGUAGCCACCACAAGCAACCUAUUUGAGCGGUUUCAGAUGUUUAAGCCGCCUACCUUCGCCGGCAUGCACUGCCCAGAGGAAGCCAAGUUCUGGCUCAACCGGGUCACUAAAUUGCUUCGGCCUCUCCAUUGUUCCGAAGCGGAGAGUGUCGAACUCCUCUCUUACCUCUUUGAGAAGGAGGCUGACCUACGAUGGGAGAGUAUUCUUAAGACCAUUCCCGAGAACCACGUAUGGACGUGGGAAGUAUUUGAGGGCCGCUUCAAUCAAAAAUACCUCCCACAGACAUACCAGCAUGAGAGGGAGAAUGAAUUCUUACGCCUCCAACAAGGAGGGAUGUCCGUAGCGCAAUAUGAGAACUACUUCACUGAAUUGUCACGCUACGUUUCCCAAAUAAUUAUAAAAGAAGCGACCAAGAUGCGGCGAUUCACUAAGGGCCUGAGGAGCGGCAUUCGCUCAAAAAUGUGUUGUGUGAACAUCAGGACGUAUACUGAGCUAGUUGAAAUGUCACUAUGGGAGGAACAAGAUGAGGAGCGAGUCUCACGGAACCAUUCACAGUUGGGUCCACGAAGCAAGACUGAAGGACAGUCCUCAUCCUUUGCCGAGAAAAGGCCCGCCCAAAUUCUCCUCCUAAGCUUGUAA